AUAGGACGCCCGCGACGGCGGAACGCGACGGCGUUAAACCGGGGAAAUUUAUUAUUAUUCUAUGGCGUCGGCGGCGCCGGCGCCGAGCGACGCGGCGUCCAUCGCCGUCGCCGCGUCCUCGCGCGGCGUCAGCGUGCCCCCCGCGUCGCGCGCGUCCGCCUCCGCAUGCGCUGCCGCCGCGUGCGCGCGCCAGCCGACGUCCGUCUCCCACGCGUCUCGUCGCGUCGUCCCGCGAAACGCACCCCCCCGUGGCUUCUGUCGACGCGACGGCGGCGGCGGCGGUGUCGGCGCCGAGCGACGCGGCGUCCAUCGCCGUCGCCGCGUCCUCGCGCGGCGUCAGCGUGCCCCCCGCGUCGCGAGCGUCCGCCUCCGCGCGCGCCGCCGCCGCGUGCGCGCGCCGGCCGAAGUCCGUCUCCCACGCGUCUCGUCGCGUCGUCCCGCGAAACGCACCCCCCCGUGGCUUCUGUCGACGCGUCGUCGUCGUCGCGAGACAACCCGUGCGCUUCGAAGUAGUGCACGAUGCCGCACGACUCGCAGCGGCGGCGUCGAGGCACAUGCUGUCCUCCUCCGCGUGACACACAAUCACGUCGAUCCCAGCCUUGGGGAGGUCGGGGUCACCCUCGGUUCGCCGGCGAGGCGCCGGCGACGCCGGCGGCGACGCCCUCGUCCCGACCCCGGUCCCGGGGUCCGUCCGACGCUCACGGCGGCGGCGGCGGCGGCCGCCGGCGGUGGCGGCGGCAGCGUACCCUCGAUCCUCACGACAAAAUGCGAUCGUGAUCGGGAUCGCGGACUCAAAAUCGGCCUUAACCUUCGCGAACUCGCGAUCAUCCCCGCUCCGUCGGUGGGUGUCGGACCUUCCGAAGUCCGACCCCGAUCCCCCCCCCCCUUCCGCGGGCGUUCCUCUCGCGGCGGCGGCGACGACGGCGCCGAUGGUCAACUUCGGUCACGGGACCUCAAUUGUGAUGAUCAUCUGCGAGAAUCUGAGGUGAAGAUCGCAGCCAAGACGAUUCGAUAUGCGUCGUCGUUCGACCUCAUCCGCGUCUUCGGGUCGUCGUCGGGCUCGCCCGAAAAAGAUGCGAAAGCGCCCCGCGGCGACGGCGUCACGGGCGCGCGGGCCGCCGCGACGACGUCGCGGCGGUCGCGCACAGCGCGCGCCCAGCGCGCUGUGCGCGCGCGCUGUGCGCGCGUCGCGGCCGCUUCGCGGCCGCCUCCGCCGCCGCCUCCGCCGCCGCGACGCGCGCUGCCCGCGCGCGGGGCGGUUUGA